AAUUGUUUCCGAGAGCAAUCUGCAUCUGCUGCUCGCUGUGGCCAUUCCCAAACCAAGGCGAUCGCCAUCGGGUGAUAAAAGAAGAGUCUUUCAAUGCUGACAUCCAAAGGUCGAUAAAUGCAGGCCGCGUUGUCGAGUUUGUAUUCGGGGGUUACGACAGGAAAUUGGACAGGAGAAUUUCCCAACUCUGUAUUGUGCCUUGAUGUGCAGACCUUAUGCCGUGAUGGAGUGUUGCUCACGUUGGCGCUAACUUGCCGUAUCUUCUCCGCUGGAGUCGCUGCCGGCAAGGAUGAUGACCAACCAUGUUCUCCCAGCAAGGACGUGCUCAGGUGUUUCUUCUUCGAUCACGUAACACCGCAGCAAUGGCUGGUUUCUUUCCUUAGUUCCAAUGAUCGAUACGUGAAGUACUCAGCAUGCAAGACCUUCCAGCAGAUCCUGGUACAUGCCUCGCAACGUACAGGUGUGUUCCAAUCUUGGCUGAAUGCCUUCUUCAGCUUCCUGGCUGAGCAAAUAUCUGCCGCUGAGAAGCAUCCUACUUUUCAAGACGAUGAACCCGUGGCAGUGCUGCUUGAAUGCCUGGUCGAUAUUCUGCAGUGGAUACACGACUCAUCACAGGCUGCCAGUCAUCUCUCAGAUGUAGUCGUGAUCACUCUGUGUUCACACACGUCUAUCCUGUGGCCUGGUUGUGAGCAGCUGCAGGCCCAUCAUCUUACUGAUGCUACCCUGGCAAGUCGGCUUCUCGUUGUUUCGUCGAUGCUGUCCCUUGUCACCCAUCAUCACCCAGCUCAGCGUGAUCAUGGUGCCAGUGACAAUAGGUCAGAUGCUAUUGCAAGCCGUAGUACCGCAAACGUCUCCCCGAGUGCUGAGCUGCUGUGCAAAUGGCUCAUGACAUCAGUGGCCAUGGACGUGUGUGUGAUUGUCAAGCAUCUUUGUGGGGAAACAGCGCCGUUCAUCUCUCUGUCACGCUGCAUUUCCUACCUUAGGCGUGUUUUUAGCCAGCGCUGUAUUUACUCAACGUCACUGCCAAGCUUGUUCACAUCAGCGGAGAAAUCUUUCCAGUUUGUAUGUGAUACACUGGUGACUGCGAUAACACUCACGUUAUGGUACGGUCAAGCACACAUCACAUCUCAGGGCCCCGGCUCCUGUACGCCGUCCUUUGUGUCGCCAUUCAAUCCAUCCGAUCAGCGUGCGUCGGUCCUGCUCCUACUGCGGGGUCUGCACAGUCUUCUGGACUGCGCUCACACAGCAAAGUUUGACUUUGUUCAGAAACUGCUCGAACUGCCUGAUGUUUCUACCAAGCUACUGGAGUUCAAUGACACCUGCAUGGUGUGCAGUAUGACGUCAAUGUUUGCAGAAGACGAUGAAGACCUGUUUGAAGCCUGGUCGUUGAUGCAGUCAGUGUUCUCUACCUGGCAGGAUACCCACUUACGGAGCUCCUACCCAGCCGUGGACACAGUGGUUGCAGCGUUUCACCCAGGACGCCUGUUUAUGCAUAUUGCUCACGCCGUAUCAUGCGAUCACCUGGUUUUUAUUGACUGGCUUGUAUCAGAUGAGACCUGCUGCCUGUCCUACUUUGAACUCUACUUGCGAUAUGUUAUCAAGUCUUCCAAGGCAAACUCAGGUCUGGCUGAUGCAAGCAAUAGCUGCAGUAUUCAUCCUGGAGCCAUGGCACUCUCAAGCUCACCCGAGUCCCCACCGAAUGACCAGGAUAUGGAUCCACUGGAUUCUCUGUUCGCUCGCGAUAACAACCCGUUCAGGGCUGCUCUUUUUCAAGCUACUUCCUCAGCUGCUGCCUCUGCUGCUGCUACUACUACUGCUGCUGCUUGUGAUGGUUCUGAUGCUUCACGGUCAAGUGCUGUCACUGCACCGAGGCUGGCUGGGUUAGUAGCAUACAGCUCCAGUGAAGAUGAAGAAAGUGAUGAUGAGCUUGAGAGCAGUGACGUUGGUCACCGUAUGGAUACGGUGUGCCAUACCCACGGGCAUAUGGACGCAGGCUCGCUUCCACUUGCAUUUGCCAUGGCCAGUGCUGCUGUUGAGUCAGCUCCCACACUCCUAUCUGAUCCCACCGAUCCCUGUGUUGCAUCAUGCACUGGUCUUACUUGCCCUGUUUUCCCGCUCUCAGCUAGCAGUCAUGGAUCCAGCCCAUGCCUUUCCAACAGACAAGGGCCCGCUACUGCUGCUGCUGUUGAUGAUGAUGGUGGUGGUGGUGGUGUCGGCAGUGGUGCUGAGUGUGCUGCGUGUGCGGCGAUUGGGCACGAAGAGUUGCACACGUUCACCGUCAGGCUGUCUCUUCUGCUGGACCGGCUCCAGCAGAAAGCUUUACUUCCAUUUGAUGGCGUAGAGCUAUUGAACUCCCUGACAGAAGUUGAAGACAUAUUCGAGUCUCACCGGUAUACCGCAAACUGAUGUCCCCUCACUCACAUCCCUACACUGCAGCUCCCACUCUCAUAGUGGGUGUAGCAGCUACAAUAUAGACUACAGGUAAUAUUAUUGUAUGCAACAAGUGCACUUGUUCACAAGAUUUCCUAUGAUCAACAUAAUUGUUUUCUCAGAUUGGA